CCUCUCUUCCCCUCUUUGCAAAUUCUUCCAGUCUUUGAACUGCUGGUGCAUCGAGUCAGACACAGAUAUUCCCCAGAGCUCUCGUCACUUACCUUCGUGCAAGCCAGUAUGCUUGAGAUUCCUGAUGUACCAUUGGCCCUCGCCGGGCCCGCGCUGGCUACGGUUCUCGCCUAUAUAAAUGCCAAGUACUCGGUCUUCUAUGAUCGCAUGUUGAUCAAAAUGCUUUUCAAGGUUGCCUUCAACCUCCGAUCAGCCGAGCGUCGCGACAAAGUCAACCUAUUUUACAAGCUUGAAGGUCAUGCAUUGAACCCCAAGAUGAGGGACCGACCGUUUCUUGUCUAUAAUGGCCGUAGCUGGACGUUCCACGAGGCUUACAUCACCGCCUUACAAUAUGGUGCCUGGCUCAAAAAGGUACAAAAGGUCAAACCCAAGGAAAUUGUGGCCAUGGACUUCAUGAAUUCGUCAACAUACAUUUUCAUCUGGUUUGGCCUCUGGAGCAUCGGUGCCGUGCCCGCUUUUAUCAACUACAACCUGACAGAGAAGCCUUUGACGCAUUCGGUGCUGACCUCAUCUGCGAGGUUGCUGCUGGUAGAUGAGGAGUUGAGUGCGCAAAUUCCUCCGGAGCAGCUGGAAGCCUUUGCGUCCCCGGAUUUUCGAGGAGACAAUGGGCCCGUUGAGGUGGUUUUCAUCACAUCUGGAGUGGAAUCGCAAAUCCUACAGAUGGAGCCCACACGGGAGGAUGACAAGAUUCGCGAUGGAGUCAGUAUGCGGGACACAGCUGUGCUUAUCUAUACGAGCGGGACUACUGGGCUUCCCAAACCUGCUAUCAUCGGCUGGAGAAAGGCUUGGAGUUCAGGCAUAGCGAUCACGAAUUGGCUGGGUCUCAAGAACACGGAUCGCUAUUAUACAGCCAUGCCAUUAUACCACUCAUCGGCUUCUCUGCUAGCUGUCUUAUCGUGCGUUUGGGCCGGAUGUGCAGCCGUUAUUGGCCGCAAAUUCUCUGCCCGUAAUUUCUGGCAAGAAGUACGAGAAAGUGAUGCGACGAUAAUCCAGUACGUGGGUGAGACCAUGCGGUACCUCCUGGCUGUCCCUCCUGCACUCGACCCAGUCACUGGAGAGGAUCUAGACAAGAAGCAUAACUUACGACUGGCGGUGGGGAACGGCCUUCGUCCCGACAUUUGGAACCGAGUGAAGGAGCGCUUCAAUAUCCCUACCAUCGCCGAGUUCUACGCCUCUACCGAGGGCACAACCGGAUCUUGGAACAUUUCGAGUAACGACUUCGGGGCAGGAGCUAUUGGUCGAAACGGAGCAUUCACCGCCUGGAUCCUCCGUCGCAAGGUAGUAGUCGUCAAGGUUGACGAGGUCUCGCAGCAGCCCUGGCGCGACCCGAAGACAGGCUUUUGCAAACCGAUGCCCCAAGGCGAGCCCGGGGAGUUGUUGUGGGCGCUUAAUCCUACAGAUCCCAACGAAACUUUCAAUGGUUACUUCAACAACUCCAAUGCUUCGGAUAGCAAGAUUAUCCGUGAUGUUCUGCGCAAGGGCGACGCCUACUUCCGGACAGGCGAUCUGAUUCGAUUUGACAACGAGGGCCGGUGCUAUUUUAAUGACCGCCUGGGGGAUACGUUUCGGUGGAAGAGCGAGAAUGUAUCCACGGCUGAAGUGUCCGAAGUGCUAGGUGGCCAUUCAGAUGUACACGAAGCGAACGUGUACGGGGUGGCCUUGCCUCAUCAUGAUGGCCGGGCAGGCUGUGCGGCUAUUCUCCUCCAGCAACAAACUCGUGCUGCUGAUCCAACUGUUCUAAUUCCUCCUUCCCAGGAGACAAUGAGCAGCUUGUCGGCGCAUGUCCUGAAGAAUCUGCCGCGGUAUGCCGCGCCUCAGUUCCUGCGCUUUACGGUGGCGAUGCAGACCACGGGGAACAACAAACAGCAGAAGCAUGUUUUGCGGUCACAGGGUGUGGAUCCAUCACUGGUCGCUGCAGACGACAAAUUGUACUGGCUGCAGGGCAGUCAAUACGUACCUUUUGAGCGAGAUGACUGGAGUCGGUUGCAAGCAGGGAAGGUGAAGCUGUGAAUGGAUGGAUCUGUCGGGU